AGUUCACAUUCGUAUGAUCUCUAUACUUUGUAUUUUGAAACGUGGAAGGAUAAGACUACGCCUCUAUCGUCUUGACGUAGCACUCUCGCUAAACCGAACCCGGAACUGGUUCGUAGAUAGUACACAAAUGAAAAUGCCAGAUGUCACGGUGUAUUUGUCAUGUUGGUUGUUUUUAAUUUCAAUUUUGCAUUCAGGGAUUCGGGCAGAGGUGUCGCUAUGGAAUAUCCACAUAAACUCCUCUCAAAAUGUCGUCUUCAGGAGGACUUUGUAUGCCAACACAACUAUCUUCAUGAAUUUCCAGGAUGACCUGGGAUCAUGUGACCCUGGCCUGGCGUUCAACAUCAGCUGGUACCUCCGUUCCUCCAUCUGUUACAAUGAAGUCUUUAACACUCCAGACAACAAGGCCAUUAACAUGUUCGGCCUGGACCACAUGCUGAAGGAUGACUGGAGCGGAUACUACAGCCAGGGAUACCUGUACUUCGACAACUGCUCUUCCCUCUUCCUGCCCAAGGUGUUCUAUACAGACUUCAGCACACACCAGCCUCUCACCAGCCCACACAAUGACGAAGGCAGUACAUCCAAUCAGACUGCUCCACAGGGCUGGCUGGAGAAGCCGGAAAUGGGUGCAGUGGCGAAGGCGUGGGCCGACAGCCCCUACCUGUUCAUAGUGAAGGUGCAGCCGCAGCAGCGAGGUGAUGCCAGCGGAGGGCGCCAGGGAGCGGAGGAGGAGGAGUCUAACGAUGCCCAGGGCAACUUUGCUUUCACCAUGACAGUGGAGAUGAAAGGACCUCGGCAGUACUCCUCCCCUGCAGACUGGCCCCUCAUGAUGUUCUUCAUGGUGAUGUGCAUUGUGUAUGUGUUUUUCGGGGCACUGUGGCUGUUCUGGCUUGUGUGUUACUGGAGAGACCUGUUGAGGAUCCAGUUCUGGAUUGGAGGGGUCAUCAUCCUGGGGAUGCUGGAGAAAGCCGUCUUCUACUCGGAGUACCAGAACAUCCGUUACAAGGGGGACUAUGUACAAGGUGCGGUGGUCUUUGCUGAGCUGCUUUCUGCCCUGAAGAGGUCUCUGGCUCGGAUCCUUGUGCUCAUCGUCAGUUUGGGCUAUGGCAUCGUCAAACCCAGGCUGGGCACAUCAGUUCACCGGCUGGCAGCAGUGGGCCUACUCUACCUGCUGUUCUCCUCGGUCGAGGGAGUGCUGCGUGUCACAGGAGGAUUCUACGGGACCGUAGCGCUGGUGGCUAACCUUAGUCUGUCCCUCAUCGACUCCUGUGUGAUGUGGUGGAUCUUCAUUAGCCUCUCCCAGACCACUCGCCUGCUGAAGCUGCGUAGAAAUGUGGUGAAACUGUCUCUGUACCAGCACUUCACCAACACUCUCAUCUUUUCUGUUUUGGCGUCUAUUAUCUUCAUCAUCUGGACAACCAAAGUCUUUAAGAUGGUGGACUGCCAGACUGGCUGGAGGGACCUGUGGGUGGAUGAUGCCUUCUGGCGUCUGCUCUUCUCCACCAUCCUGCUGGUCAUCAUGGUGCUUCUACGACCUUCCGCCAACAGUCAGAGAUUCUCUCAUUCCCCUCUGUUGGAUGAAGAUGAUGAGGAAGAUGAAGCCAAGGAGCCCAUGCUUAAUGAAGCCUUUGAGGGCAUGAAGAUGAGAGGCACAAAGAUAGAAACAAACGGAUCCCAGUCACAGAAACUGCUCAGCAAAGAGGAUGAAGACCUGAAGUGGGUUGAGGAGAACAUUCCCACCACUGUUGCUGAUGUAGCCCUCCCUGUUAUGCUGGAUGAGGAGGAGGAAAUUCUCAAAACCAAGAUGGAGAGAUCCAAAAUGGAGUAGAGAGAUGAAGAAUGAAAGAAGUACGAAGCACAGCGAUGGUUGGUUGGGUGGAUGGAUGGUUGGAUGAACAUUGUGUUUAUGUUUGCCCUGAAUGAAGUGACAGGUGACAUCCCUAUAUUUAUGUACAUUAUUUUUCUUCAUUUUAAGCACCGCCAUGCAGCGCUAAUAAGCUCUAUGGCUCUUUCCCUAUGUCACCCUAUUCCCUAUGUCGUGUAUUACUACUGACCAUGGUCCAGGUCUAAAGUAGUCCACUAUCUAGGGUAACAUUUGGGACAGAGCCUAUUGUACUUUAUUCUAAUGAGAGAGAGCAGGCAAUGGGUUGCAAAUUACAGUACUUGCUCAAAUUGGACUGGUAAAUUUAAACCAGUGUGGGGACUAGAAGGACAGAUACUUGAAGACAGCUGAGGAGUGGAUCGUCUGGGCUGAAAAUACUAUACAGGAGUGUGAUGUCUUACGUUUGUGAACAUGUUGAAGAUUUUUGAUCUGGUCAAUCUGGUUGUCUCCCAAAUGACACCAUUUACCCUAAGUAGUGCACUUCUUUUGACUGUCCAAAGUGAUGCACUAUGUAGGGGAAAGGGUUGCCACUGAUUUAGUGCCACCUGUUUGUAAUAAUAUUGACACACACACACCUUAAAAUCUUCUCAAUUUGUCUGAUAGUAGCUAAUAUCUGUUAUUGUUGCACUUUAUUGUGUAUUUCACCCUUCUGUCACAUGACUUUAUUUUGCCACUCAAUCCCAAGAGAAUUCACUUGAAGAGCCAUCACUCCCAGUGCAAUCUACUGUAACAUGUUUCAUUAUGCACAGGCUGUUUACCACUAAUUGGGAUUUUGACUAACUAGAUCCGUUGCUAAUUAUUAGGAGGGAAAACAUGAAUUGGUAAGCCUGUGUAAUUGUGCAAAUGUGGCUGGGCAAGGCCAAUUAACUUAUUCUUUAAUGUUUUUCUUUUUUGUUUAUUUGUCAUACAUCGCAGAGUUUUUGAUUUUGUCGCAGGAAAUGUUACGGAACAUUGUGAUUUCUUUGUAACGUUAUUGUAUGGGGUUUUUGUUGUUUAUUCUAAGAUUAAAGUUUAUAUUAAACCCUA